AUGAUAGAUACAGCAUUGGUUGAUUUACAGAAUUCUACAGAUUUAGAGAAAGUACGAAGUCCUCAAAGUGAGAUAUGUCCAGCAUCUUCUCAUGAUGCAUACCAGGCUGUCAAUAUAAAAGUGGAGACAAUGCCAGAUGCAGAAGAUGAGGAUGACACUGCCCCAAUAACAUUUCCAGGAAUAAACCUUGAGCCUGAGAAUUCUACAGAUUUAGAGAAAGUACGAAGUCCUCAAAGUGAGAUAUGUCCAGCAUCUUCUCAUGAUGCAUACCAGGCUGUCAAUAUAAAAGUGGAGACAAUGCCAGAUGCAGAAGAUGAGGAUGACACUGCCCCAAUAACAUUUCCAGGAAUAAACCUUGAGCCUGAGAUUAUUCUGCACGAAUGUCAACAUGAAUGCAGUGAGGAGUGGCCAUGUUCCUGUGAUGUCUCCAAUAAAUCUUUCAAUCAAGAGUGUGAUCUAGGGACACAUCAGCCCAUAGACCUAUAUGGUGAGGAGCAGAGAUUUGACUGUCAUAUAUGUAACAAGUCAUUCACUCAACACAAUAGUCUGAAGAGGCAUGAGCGCAUACAUAGUGGGGAGCGGCCAUUUUGCUGUGAUGUGUGUAAUAAGACUUUCAGUCGGCAAGAUGAUAUGAAGACACAUAAACGCAUUCAUAGUGGGGAGAAGCCAUUCUGCUGUGCUGUGUGUAAUAAGACUUUCAGUUGGCAGAAUAAUCUGAAGAGACAUCAGCGCAUACAUAAUGAAGAACAGCCAUUUCACUGUGAUGUGUGUAGUAAGUCAUUCAGUGAUCGGGAUAAUUGGAAAAGGCAUCAGCACAUACAUAGUGAGGAGCGGCCUUUUUGCUGUGACGUGUGUACUAAGUCAUUCAGUGAUCGGGAUAAUUGGAAAAGGCAUCAGCACAUACAUAGUGAGGAGCGGCCUUUUUGCUGUGACGUGUGUACUAAGUCAUUCAGUGAUAAGGGAAGUUUGAAGAGGCACCAGUUCAUACAUAAUGGGGAGCUCCCUUUUUGCUGUGUCGUGUGUAAUAAGUCAUUCAGUCGGCAGUAUAAUCUGAAGCUUUCAUCUGAAGCAACAUCUACUCACUUGUGUGCAGUAAAUCAUGCAGCAGUAGAGAUGAGUUUAGAUUAA